GUAUCCGCUCCUUUCGGGCGAUGCCUGGUUGCACCAGGCACUCGGAGGCCGCACGCCAGUUGGCCUUUUCGGUGGCUGCGAGGUUAUAUUGGUCAACGGACCGAUCUUCGUCGGUGUGGACUAUGAGUGCACACGAGAGAUAGUCGGCUGUGGAGAGACGCCCCGUGCAGAAUUCAGAUGGACGACAACAUACCUGCGGGAAAAGAGCUCGCAGAAGCUCGUGGCGCAGAUGACUCUGCAGGAUAUGCAGCUGAAGGCAUCUCUCGAGGGCUAUUCGCAGCUUCGGGCGCAAAGUGACGGUUUGGCCCAGGCUAAACUUUGA